CGUCACCGCGGGGUGAUGUAAUGCUUCUGUAAAUAGAUCAUAUUGUAAUCGCGUUUCACUUCAGCGUGCUUAGUCCGAGCGCGAGGUGCGUCGCUAGUCUCAGUCUGCGUGCAUUUGGUUUUUAGGUCUCAGUGAUGAAUGUUGAUCAGGAAAGGUCAUAUGUAUGCACUGCUCCUGGAUGCUGCCAGCGAUUCCAAAGAGAAGAUCACCUUAUUAUCCACAGACACAAACAUGAGAUGACCCUCAAAUUUCCUUCUAUUAAGUGUGACAAUAUGCUUUCAGAUCAGACUCCAACUCCGACCCGCUUCUUACGGGACUGUGAGGAAGUCGGUCUCUUCACUGACCUGGAGCUUAACCAGUCACAUGAGGUAGAGGGCAUCAAACCGAACUUUCCUGUGCAUGCAUCAUGUCAGACACAACCAUCACAGGGUCAACAUCAUCCGUUUCAACAUCAGCAGUGCGCUCUGGCCCAUCUGAACCAGAAUCAGCUCCACACACACAGCUCACAGCCCCAGUCUCAAUGUACAGCCACUUACUCAACGUCUAACAAAAAAUCAGCACCAAGCUGUCUACACAGUAGGCAGACACAUUCUGUGGCUAACACAAUUCCUGGGACAUCAGCAAUGAAUUUGGAGGCACAGCUGUCUAUGAACUCCAGUAUAAUUGGCAUACCAGGCCCGACGCACUCAGGCCCAUGCCCCUCCCUUCAGAGUUCAAAGGUCAUACCAAGCCACGGCCAACCUGCAGUUUCCAAUGGCUGUCAGAAUCCUCUUUCCCACAUGAUGGAGGUGAUGUCAUCACGACAGCAGCAGAUGUCACACUUACAAUCCGCAACUCACCAUCACGCAUACCAGCCGCACUGCCACAGCCUAUCACCACAAAGACUUACACAUCAACAUCAAAGCCAAGACCAGUCACAUCAGAGCCACGCGCAUCACUCUCCACCGGUGCACUUGCAUCCUGGCUCCUCCCAACAGAGUCCCCCUCCCCUUUCACAUCAGCCAAUCCUUGCACAGACACACUGCCCACAAUCUUCCCCACCAGCCACCGGAGGAAGACGCAGACGGACAGCAGGAGACGACCCCGAUGAGCGCAGACAGAAGUUUUUGGAGAGAAACAGAGCUGCUGCUACGCGGUGCAGACAGAAAAGAAAGGUCUGGGUGUCGUCGCUGGAGAGGAAAGCGGAGGAGCUCACUCACACUAACUUACAGCUACAGAAUGAAGUGACGUCCCUCAGGACAGAAGUCACUCAGCUGAAGCAAAUUCUGCUUGCACAUGAAGAUUGUCCUGUCUCCGUGAGACAACGAGAAACACAGAGUGGAAUAGGUAGCCCAACAGGAAGUCCUGUCCAGCAACAUGCCAUCCAACACAACAGCAUCUCAACAUCAAGCUCGACCCCACCACACACUCAUCUCACUAUUCACAACACACAAACAUUUUAAAAAAUGCACACAUCUUGAAAGACAUGUGGGUAGGGUGUGAGCGAAAGCAUAAAUGAUCGGCAAAAUCUUCAAUCUGAGAACUGAGACUUUGAUUUACUGAAUUAACGAAAAUGAACACAUAUGUGACCCAGCCUGUGAAACCCCAGCUAAAGUCAUUUUUUAAAAUUACAUACAAUUAUUCUACAUGAAGAGAACAUUCUGUCAAAAUAUCAUCUCUAUGUCUUUAAUAUUGACUGAGUGGGAUUUUUUUUAAAUUGAAUACAUUUUAUAUGUUCCAUCCCCCCAAAAAUCACUUAAAUUAUUAUAAAAUAUUUUAUUUAGUUAAUAUAGUUUUUUGGCUAUGACUACUUUAAUUUUCGUAAUCUCGUAAUUUGAUUUUAAUACUUUAGUCUGCAUUUCACAGACAGGGUCACAUAUCAUGUGUCUGUUUAUAUUUCUGAGCCUUGACAUCUCAGGUAAUAAGCUGAGGGUCAGCUGUAUGUUUCCAGAGGUUUGAUCUUUGAUCUGUGAUGAAUUGGCGUGGUGGAAAACAAACUGGCCUUUUUCUCUCACUGAAUUUGGAUACAUUUUUUUCAAGUUUCUCACUCUUUUCAUGUCACUGUGUCUCAAAAAUGUUUUCAAAAAUCCUCCAUGUUUGUUUAAGCUGAUCUUUCUCAGGGAGACUUAUCAAAUAUUUCACUCCUGGAGUGUGUGUGUGAGGUGUGUGUAUGUGUGUCUCUCUUGGCCACUUUUCGUUUAAAUCCUUCGCUUCAGGGACAUCUGUGUGCGCUACGUUCUAUAACUAUAACUGCAGGGUCGAGUGGAAGUUAUUGAAUCAGGGCUACUUGUAAAUAUAAAUCUCUAGUUUUAUAAAUGUUUGAUGAUGUAAGUAUGUUGUUAUUGUAAAUACUGUCAAAGUUUUUUUUAAAUAUUAGGUAUCACACUACCUGAAAGUACUGAGAACAUUACAAGUGAUUUUUGGAUUCAACAUACUAACAAAGAUGCAUUACAUGCAAAUAAAAAUAGAUCCUUUAAUAUAGAGCAAUACAUCCUUUAAUAUAGAAAAAACAUCUAUAAAUAACAGAAAUGCAUCAACUAGCCUACAUUUUGUCCAACUUUCAAUGAGUCCUCUGUUACUAACUACAUAGCAAAAUAGCCAGCUUGAUGACAAUCAAAAUUUCAAUACUGCCAUUACCUGGAAAUUAUGUGCAAGAUCUCUUCUCAUAAAUGCUUUAUAAAGCAUUGACAAAUGGCUAUUCAUUGUGGAGUAUGUAAUUAUGAACCUGGAAAUGUAGAAAUGUUUGUAAAUGCUGCAGGUUUUAACUGCAUUAUGCAUGUACAGUUUUCUGAAAAUGUUAUCUAUUUUUGUACACAUUUGUGGCCAUUUUUAAUUAAAAGCACUUACUAUGUGG